AUGGCCAUCGAGAAGUCUCCCGAGACGAAAGAACCGCCAGCGCCAGAAAGUCUCCCUCUCGCACGUUUCCCGCAUCUGAAGCUGGUGUUCGAUACACCCAAAGGCCGCGGCGUCUUCGCCACCACCCCCAUCCCCUCCGGCACAACCAUCGACAUCUCCCCCGUCCUCCUCCUCACACCCCAAGAAAACACAACCCACAUAGAAAAAACCUCCCUCUACCACUACACGUACAACUGGCCCCUCCCUUCACCCACCUCUAACAAACCCUCUACCACCACGACGCAAGCCGUCGUCCUCGGCCUAGGUUCCAUGUUCAACCACUCAGCCGCUCACCAAAACGUCGGGUGGACGCGGGACUUGGAGCGCGAGGUGGUGGUUUAUACGGCGCUGAGGGAUGUGGCGGAGGGGGAGGAGUUGUGUAUUAGUUAUGGGGGGCGGUUGACGUUUGUGGAUGUUGAGGCGGAGGCGGAGAGGGAGGGCGUGGAGGGGCCGGAGGAGGUUUUGGGGCGGAUUGAGGUUGAUGGGUGA